UGUCCUAAUACAUGCAUUUUUGUCAGUUGAUAAAUAUUAUACUUUCUUCAUUCUUCGUGGCUCUAAGGCUAUUUUAAUUUCUUGAAUUUGCUGGCUAUUUUUUUGAAAUUUGAAUAAUGUUCUGCAUUAAAGAAGGAAGCAGUAGAAAAGUGGUUUGAACAUCUGAAAAUUUGGUGUAUGAUAUUCAUAUUUUACUAGAUUGUGUUUGGGAAACAAGAUCAGCAUAUUUUUUGCAAGGAUAUGGCCAAUUUACGAAGACAUUUUAAUUUUAGCACAAAAUUAUCUGUGAACCAAGACCGUGAGAUGCCUUUUCCUGUGUCCCCUGCAGGGAAGCCUUCUUACAGGCAAUUUGAUAAGAAUAACUUCAUGAAUGAUAUUUGCAACUGUUUGGAUCUCUGCUGUGCUUAUAUUCAAGCUUUGAAUUCUGUGUGUGAUGCUGGAUCAUCUUUAGCUAGGAAUCUUUUCAAUGCUGUAAGAGAGGUGCCUCCCUUUCAGAAUGUCUCACUGCAGUUUCUUUCUAUUUGGGAAGAAGUUAGUAAAGCAACUGCUGGAGCCAGUGCAGCUGUGAAAACAGAAACACUAAUGAUGCUACAAGAAAUUUUAAAUUCCUUGGAAAUGGGCAAAAAUGAUACAGAUACAGAAGAGAAAAUAGCUGAAAGUUUUCAAGCUAUAGGAACAUGCUUAUGCUCUUUCAUUGAAUUACAAGCUCAAUUUUCUUUAAGUACCUGGAAAUCUUUUUCAAAGCUUUCAAAGUAUUUUACUAGUGAUUCUGUAAGACACAGUUUACAGUGGAAGUCUCUUGAAAGAACUCCAUCAAAAAUUGCUGUUAACACAGACUUAAAUGCGACAAUCAAAAAACAUUUUUCUCAAUUAUUUUCCAAAGUAGGAAUAUCAAAAGUCAAUGAAACAUCUGAAAGCAAUCUAAGUCAGUUUUAUUCAACACCUCAUCAAAGUACAACGAAUAUUUCCAUGUAUUCUCCAUUUGGUACUCAAAAUGUGUCAGAUACUGCUGUUGAAAAUUCAGUCUGGCCAUCUCCAAGUGCAGUGUGGUCUUCUUGUAGUUCUGCAAAUUUAUCCUUCCAUGAAGAUGCAUCUCACCUCAAGCAAGCUUCUUCAAGCUCGAAUGGGAAUUCAGAUUUAGAUGAAGUCAUCAACCUCCUUUCAUGUGCUCCAGUGCAUCAGCCAAAUACUAAACAGAAUGAUCAAAAUCAAAAUUAUUUUCAACAUCCAAAAAAUGAACAAAUGUAUCAUAUAUUACCAAAGACUUCAAUACCUGUAUCAAGAGGAUUGGGUAGCCAUCGAUCUUGGUCCAAAGAACCAAGAGAUGUGGCUUUUGGUUAUGAUUCAUGGCUUUGGAGAGUGGAUAAUAUGAACUGUUCAGGACUGCCUUCCAACACUGAUUCUUUGAAAUUGGCAUCACAAAGGAAUAAUGAUAUUCAAUUUCAGUGGGAUAACCAAGAGUUGCAAAAAUGGAACACAUCUAUAUGUGAAACUGGAAGCUCUAGUGAUGAUGGUUCUUCUGUUCAUGGACAUGACUCUGAGUUUUAUCCUAAUGGAUCUUUUGGGAAGCAUAUUAUAAACAAUUUUGCAAACAGAAAACAUAAUAGUGGUGAAAGCAUGCCUGGUGGUUUAGAAAAUAUUUCUGAAUCUAAAGAAGAAUGCUUAUGGGCUGUUCAGUCCAAAAUAAGUACAUGGCCAUUAAAACAAUCAACAUAUAGAAAUUCAGAUGGAGAAUGCCCUGAUAAACCUGAUUAUAUUGAAUAUCCAAGUCACUUUAUAUCUUGAGCUUUUAAUCAAAUUAUAACUUUACAAUCACCAAGUGCAAAAAUGUAUAGAAAUAAAUAUAUUUUUUAAACUCUGAA